GGUUCACUCAACUGUUAAGUCUGCUGAAUGCCCCUACCCUAUACAAUUAAUUACAAAAGUAAUUGAUUUUCUAUUCAAAAUUUUUUAUUCGAUAUUUUCAUAUUAAUCUAAAAAAAAAUAUUGAAUACCUAAUCCAAUGGAGAUAAACAUGUCUAGCAGUCUAGCAUGAAACGUAGUGGAACGUGGAACCAUAACCUUAAAAUAGUGUGAACACGUGUAGCCGUACUAGUCGUUCGAUUUCUCCCAUUUUCUCGUAUAAUCAAAAAAUAGUUAUUUCAUUUAUUUUACUUGUUAUUACUUAGUUUAUUUGUUCUUACAAUGACGAAAAAAACGAUAAAAAGAAAGCAGAAGGAAAAUGGGGCAAAAGAAAACGAGCCGAAGAAGAAAAUGUUGGAUGUUCUUACAAUGAUAAGGAAAACGUUAAAGAGAAAGCAAAAAGAAGUGACAACAGAAAACGAGCCGAAGAAGAAGCUGUCAGAUGAACCUGCUACCAAAAAGGUAAAAUGGAUUAACAGGCAACGAGUGUUGGUGUUUGCUACUCGCGGUAUCAAUCAUAGGCAUCGACAUCUUAUGGAGGACUUAAAAAAAUUGAUGCCACACCAUCGUCCCGAGUGCAAAAUGGAACGUACUAAAAACUUGCAAGUAGUGAAUGAAAUGUGUGAGAUGAAGAAUUGCAAUAAAGCCAUCCUGUUUGAAGGUCGAAUGAAACGAGACCUUUAUAUUUGGCUUGCUAAUGUGCCUACUGGCCCAAGCGCAAAAUUUCUUGUAGAAAACAUUUAUACAAUGGGAGAGCUGAAGAUGACAGGAAACUGCUUAAAAGGGUCUCGGCCGUUACUAUCGUUUGAUGAAAAUUUUACCACACACGCGCAUUACAGUCUCUUGAAGGAAUUACUGACACAGAUCUUUGGUGUACCAAAUCAUCAUCCUAAGAGUCAACCAUUCUUUGAUCAUGUGUAUACAUUCAGCAUUCUGGACAACAGGAUAUGGUUCCGUAAUUUUCAGAUUUUAACAGAGGACGGUGCAUUGGCUGAAAUUGGCCCGAGGUUCGUCUUGAAUCCGGUCAAGAUAUUUAGCGGAAGCUUCGGUAGUGAUACUUUAUGGGAUAAUCCACAUUAUAUUUCUCCUGCCAAGUUUCGACAAUCGUUGACGAAAAAGGCUGCUAAUAAGUACAUAAAUAGGGUAGAACAAAAAAUGGUACAACAGGCCACUAAACCUGAAUUGUCUUAUGCACUUAAUCCAACAGAUGAGAUAUUUAAGGGUGAUUUAUUGGAGAAAGCAAUCGAGAUGGAAGAAAAAUUUGAGACAGAUAAAAAUGAAAACUUAGAAAAGCCGUCAAAAAAGAAGGUAAAAAAAAUUAAGAAGCCUGUGGUAGCUAAAAAAGUUAAAAAAAUAAAAUCUGUAAAAUCAAAAGCCUUGAAAAAAAGGAAGGUAAAAUGAAUUAUUUUAUAAUAUUAAUAAAGUGCAUACAUGAUAAAUGAAAGUGUUUUCUUGUGUAUUACGCAAUUAUUUAAUAUCUUUUAUAAAAUAACUUUAAUGCACAAUAAAUUUUAAAAGAUAAAAGGAGAGGGCUAAAAAUUGAUUUUCCCAGUUUUUAUCUUAUUCAUAUGCUAUAUAAUUUCUUGAUUAACUGAAUAAUUUUUUAGUAUAUUCACACAUAUAAUGCUAUUAGUAUGUAUAUAUAUAUAUUUAUAAAACAAAUUUGAAUUGCUUUUUCUUGAAAAAUAUAUGUACCCACAAAUCCUUCAAGCUUCAAUUAAGUAACUUAAAACGAUUUCAAAACAUAAUUGUAAUAAUACAAAAGACUCGAAAUUUAAAGCACUACGAAAAUUAAAUGGAUUUUGACUAA